CUUCCUUUCCUGUUAGCGGUGGCCGUAGAGCAGCAACAGUGAGUGAAUUUCCCUGGAAUCAAUCUUCAGCCAUCGCAUUUAAUCUAGCCAUAUGACUGUAUUUUGGCACACCAUAUGUUUGACAAUCAUUUCUCUUGUUACGACGUUGCUGUUAUUUUGUGUAUUGAUGCCUGAUAUAGAGAAAAAUACACAAUUAAUGCUGCGGGUAUACUCAGUAAUGCAUUUUCCAACAUGGCCGCUUCCUUGACUUGAACGCUGUCUCAGUUUGAAACGUUUGCUAAAGAGGCUACCACAUCACACUAUAGUGAUUCGUCAUCAUAUAUGUAGUGUUAAAUGUAAUUUCGUCAUGCCCUUACUGCGCGGCAUGGCAUAAAAAUGUGUCCAAUCCUCAGUAACAGCCACUAUUUCCAAGCCAUCGUUUGUCGGUGUUGGGCUGCCAUGCUAACCGCACAGCAGGAGCAAGUUAGGCUGAACCCACUGUGUUCACAUCUGUGGUAUUUUCGUUCAGUAUUGUCUCAAUGGGACGCUAAUUAACUGUUAUGUGUUUUCUGUGGUUAGAAAUGGGCAAGUUCAUGAAGCCUGGGAAGGUUGUGAUGGUCCUAGCUGGACGCUACGCCGGGCGCAAAGCUGUCAUCGUUAAGGUAAGAUCUGACUGUCGGAUUUCUGAGGAGUAAGUCCUCACUACCUGCUUUUAUACCUGCGUACCAUGAACAAAAGUGUAUGAAUUUUGCUGUUUUCAGGGCAGUAAAUUCAUGCCCAUUUUCCUGAUAAUGCCCUUUCACACUAAUAGACAGCCAAUAGACACAAUCCAAAUAAUGACAGAACAAUAAUGCAGUAAGGGUUUCUAACCCCUCCUUUAUGUGUUUUACAGAACAUUGAUGAUGGCACAACUGAUCGCCCUUACAGCCACGCUUUGGUCGCAGGCAUCGACCGCUAUCCCCGCAAAGUGACCACAACCAUGGGCAAGAAGAAGAUUGCCAAGAGGUCCAAGAUCAAGGCCUUUGUUAAGGUGUUCAACUACAACCACCUUAUGCCCACCAGGUUAGCAUAAUCUAUGUCUACAUGUUUUUUAUGAGCUAUUCCAGCUUCACAGGAACUUAAUACAUGCCCAUAGAUGGAACAAAAUAUACCCUGAUGAAUUGUUGAUGGUAAAUAAAGAUUGGCUCUCGCACAUCAUCAGCCCGCAGUAUAUACAGUGAACUCAAAUAGGACUUCAAGUUAUUCAGAAGAAUGUACAACAUCAGAACAUAAAAUGAGAGUUAUUGUGUUUAUGGUUGGUGAAAAAUUCUCAGGAAAGUAGUCAACUUCCACUUAGUAAUACUUACUGCUGUUCAUGUCCCAAUGCCAAAGACAUUUGCGACAUCCUUGUGCAGUUAGUAUCCUGACAUUGUAUAGGAUUUAUUGUCAGAAGCAGCGGAACAAUUGUUAGAUUUUUUUUUCUUUUUUGGCUUUUGCUGUGAUUUCAUACGAGCUUUAAGUCCAUCACAGUCCUAAUUAUCUUAGUCUAAGUUUAGGACAAAGCGGUUGUUUUUUGAGACAUAACCGCUCUAUUGACCAGUCUCUGUAGUGUGGGUCAUUGUUUUCAGGUUGUUUCAGUGAGAUCAAUAACAAGAGAUGUGAUCUGAGGUGGAUAAAGUGAGACAUUGCUCUGGUGAAGUGGUAGACACAGCCUAUUACUAGUCUCUGUAGUGUGGGUCAUUGAUUUAGGUUGUUUCAGUGAGAUCAAUAACUUAAGAGAUGAUUGCCAGUUGAUGGAGCUGUCGUAGGUACUUGUUCACGGCAUGGUAGUCAAUCAGUUAAACAUGGCCACCACAACAGUAACAGCCAGUGACUGAGCCUCAUUCAGGGCCAGUGGCAAGUAGCUGCACUGCAGCGUAGGCAUAACACAUGAUCAGCAUUUUGGGCCUAAAAUAAUAGAAAUAUUAGUUUUAUUAUGUAACCAGUGAUUGCUGACUUGCAAGUGUGACAAGCAAUUGUUAGUCAACUUAACCAAAACAUGCCCACUCUGGUUAUCCUUGUUGAGUAAUGUUGUUGUUCAAAAGUGAGGUUGGAGCUGGAAGAACUUUUUGUUGUUGAUUUCAAGCAUUCUUGGUUAAAUCUUGGUCCUUAAUCACACAUGUUGAAGGGAUGACACUUCAUUAUAUUGGCAGCAUGCAACAGGAAGUUUAACCUUGAGACAAGAAGCAAAAGGCAAAGUUGACAGCUGAGUAAUAAGAAAUCGGAUUAAGUGGUAACAUUUGGAAGAGGGAAGUCAACAGCGAGUGUCCAUAGAGCAUACAUACAUCUGCUUUAAUGGCUGCAGCACUCUAAAGUAGGGAUGUGCAAUAAUGCAAAACCACCAUUUGAUUGUCUCAGAGACUGAUCCACAAGAGAAUCCUGAGUGUUAAAGUAAUCCCUGAAUUUGGACAGCCAAACUGCUGGUACAUGAGGGUUUCUGGUGUCAAACUGCUCAUUUGCACAAACAAGGCUUUUGGUUUUUAAAUAUGUUUACAUGUAGAGUAGGGUUUAGUUCUUCUAUGCUCUGUGAACUCGUCUGAGAGUUUGAGAGUUAGAGCAGUUUUUAAUUGUAGCGCUUCUUCCCUUUCAGAUACUCUGUGGAUAUUCCCCUGGACAAAACUGUUGUCAACAAGGACGUCUUCAGGGAUCCUGCUCUCAAGCGUAAAGCCAGGCGGGAGGCCAAGGUUAAGUUUGAGGAGAGGUGAGUCCCUGCUUCCAAAGUAUACAUUCAGUUUUGGUGAUUUUUACUUUUGACUUUCAGGAUGACUCGAGUAAUGAUUUAUAAAUGUUGCUUUUUCUGAUCAGAUGAUUUGAGGCCAUCCGGGCAAAUAUUAGCUGAGCUUUUUUCUAAUUAUCCAUGAAAAUCAUCAGUCCAAAUACCCUAACUAUAUUCUGUCAGUUACAUGAGGCACCCGGCAUACUUUAUUCUUGAGAUUCUUCCAGAUUCUUUUAAUGAAUAACCAAUUAUACCUUAACUGUUUGGCUGAGUCUCAAAGCUUCAUAUUUACAUGUGUGAAUGAAAAUGAUUUUAUUCUUUCUUUUUUUUCAGGUACAAGACGGGCAAGAACAAGUGGUUCUUCCAGAAGCUCAGAUUCUAAAUUCACUUGGUUUAACUAAUAAAUGUUUAAAAAAAGAUUUUGGCUGUUUGACUUUUUUAUUUUUUGAGGAAAUAAAUGAAAAUGUGGAUUGACUGAGCACUUUUUUUUUUUGACAAAUGAGGUUGGAGUGAUUUAUAGAGACCAGUAAUGAUCUGUUUUCUUUCUUUGUUGUAAAAUUUUACUUGAAUUAAACUAAACAAACAUAGCUCAAAUACUUUCAAAUCCAAGCUCAUGUUUAUGGGUCAGUAUCUGGGUAAGGUAUUUUUACAAGUAGGAAUGAGGAAGAGAGAUAGAGGUAGUUUUGAGGCACAUCUUUCUGGUCCAUCUGAUGUGUGAAAGAAAAGGCUCCCAAGUUCUGAGGAAGAGUUUAUCGCAGUGUAUCGUGUCAAAUAAUCUAGUGAGACAUUCAAGUAGAGCCCUAAACCAGUUUGUCGAGUGAUGAUGUUAUCCAGUUCUAAAAACCUACAUUUCCUACCACAGGAGGUCAGCAUUGUGUAGAGUUGGUUUUUGCAUUUACCAGUGAUACAAGUAUUUGACAUCAAACACAAAGCAUCACCAUUUAUGUGAACAGAUAGAAACCUGUUAAUUUCUUGCACUAUGAUCCACCAGAAUUACAAUAUUUUUUCUGCAAGACCUUAAGCAAUGUGUGAGAUUCAUUUUCUCUUUAGCACUUUGGGGAUAAGUUAGCAUGAAAUUUCUGGUGUUGAGAAGUGGAAAGGUGGUCUCAGUGUAUUGCCAUGACUUGAAUUGCUUUAACUGUAUUAAAGAGAUUUAAACAUUGUUCCAGGUGUCCUCUGAGAUCUUCAGACUGAACUCUUUUCCAUGUGUCUUUUAGAAGACACGUGUUUGUAGUGUGACACUAGUUUUCUUUAUUUUGAAAGCUGUAAAGACAUGCUUAUGAUUCUAUUAUCCACCCUCUCACCUUUAAGAUUGGUUUGCCUCGAACGUGUCGCUGGUUUGUGCUGGAUGUCAUUUUUUAAUAAAAUAUCUAUGUAUGGUACCAUAAUG